AUGACAAGAUGGAAAAGAUUAUUUUAUACAUUUAAAUGGACAACUAAAGUGUGUUAUAUCCUAUGCCCACCAUUACCAAAUUUAAUGAUCCGAAAAGCUGCUUUUCAUCCUCCCAAACAUUGUCAUUACUAUUUUCUAAUUGGUGAAAAGGCUGAUAAACGUCAACAUUUUUUUGAUGCAAAAAGUGCUCGAGAAAGUGUUAAUUUAACUAUUUGCUUGCCACAUUUAUUGCUGCCAAAAUUUAAAAAUUCAGAUGUUGCAGAUCAGUUGUUGCGAAUUGAGGUGCAUUUAAUAACAUCAACUAAUGGUGACACCCUGGUAGCGCUAUAUGUCCGAUGUGAGAAAUCAUAUCGAUGCAAGAAAUCAGCGCCUUAUAUAAUACUUUUCGCUCAACCAAACAGUUCAGAUGUUGGAUCAUGCAUGCUUACCGAUCCCAACUUGGUCGAUAUAGCAGAUUUCUUGCAAUGUGAUCUAAUGGCAUUUGAUUACAGUGGUUUUGGUUUGAGUACUGGUACUCCAACUGAAAAAAAUGUUUAUCAGAAUAUAGAAACGGUUUAUCAAUAUUUAAUUGAAGAAAUGAAAGCACAACCAAAUGAAAUAAUUCUGAUUGGAUUCAGUAUGGGUACUGCAGUUGCCAUUCAUUUGGCAUCACUUGAAAAAGUAGCAGGAUUGAUUCUAAUUGCUCCUUUCACAUCACUGUUACGUGUUCUUCGACGGAAACCGGAUUGUAAAGAGACUUGCUGUUUGGAUCAGUUUUCAAGCAUUGAUAAAGUAUCAAAAAUACCCUAUCGUACGUUAAUCUGUCAUGGAAUGAAGGAUGUGAUCGUUUCGAUCGAUCACAGUGUUAUAUUGCAAAGUCGAUUACCAAAUGCUACAAAACCAUUUUUUCUUGAUAAUGCUACACAUCGGGGUAUAUAUAGUGAACGAAAAAUGUGGGAUCGCGUACAACAGUUUUUGUUUCACGAACUUGAUAAUAGCAGAAAGUGGAAUGAACCGGUGAAAACGAAACGAGCAUUUGUUGACUAUGGUUUUUAA